AUGUUGUUGGUUUUAGUGCACGGAAGUGACUGGUUUGAUAACAACCAUGGCAAAAUCCAAGCCAUCAUCAAUGCAAAGCGGGACGCUUACCUAUCCCUUGCUCAAGAUCCGUCCUGCGCAGAAAAGAAAGCACACUUUCAAGAACACAAGCAGAAAUGUCAAAGUGAAAUACGAGCAAUCAAGAACAAAUGGUGGCAACAGAAAGCCACAGAACUCCAAAAUCUUUCCGAUGCAAGGAACCUGCGUGGCUUCUACGCUGGUAUUAAAGAGCUGUAUGGGCCUAUACGCUCCUCAUCAGGAACACUGAAAGCUGCUGUCAACUCCACCAUUCUUACUGAAAUUCAGGACAUCUUAAGUCGUUGGAAAGGGUACUUCAGCUCAUUGUUAAACCGUCCUUCUACUGCCGCUGCAGAUUUUCUCAAAACUGUCCCACAGCACCCUCCAGAACCCUGGAUGGCUGAUCCUCCAACUUUUCAAGAAUUUUGCAAGGCACUCAAGAGUGUGAAACCUGGGAAGACUCCUGGACCUGACAGCAUCUCGAUGGAGCUUAUUGAGGGUGGCGGCUUGCCUCUAAAAACUAGACUCUUCUCACUCAUUCUAUUAAUGUGA